UGCAGUCAAAGGUCACUGGAGUGCAUCACUUGUGGUAUCAGUGCUUUGUGUCCCGUCGCCAUGGGCAGAUGUCUGCUGUUAUGUCUGCUCCUGGUUGUUUCUGUGAAGUGUCGGACGAUCUAUGUUGAGGAUGCUAGGCCUACGGAGGAAGAGGUGUCAUUCAUGAAGCGAUACGGUUACCUGCCAGAAGUAGCCGAAGGGUCAUCGUCUCUGGACUUCUCUUACACGCCGCUCUCCAUCACCGAGGCGGUGCGGCGGAUGCAGGCGUUCGCUGGCCUCACUCCGAGCGGAGUCAUCGACAAUGCCACCAAACAAUUGUUCAAGAAAAAAAGGUGUGGCGUCAAAGAUAUCAUUACCACAUCGUCCAGAUCAAGACGAUACGUCACACGAGAAGCAUGGACCAAGAAACAAAUUACGUACAGGGUGCUCAACGGCUCUAGAACGUUAGAGAAGCACCGAGUGGAACGGCAGAUGGCAGCCGCGCUAGCGGUGUGGGCGCCGCACGCCGGGCUCACUUUCACUCGCCUGGACACAGGGAAGGCCGACAUUGAGGUCUCUUUCGUCACUUUGGACCACGGGGACGGGUCUCCAUUCGACGGCCCAGGGCAGGUGGUGGCGCACGCCUUCUGCCCUCCGCUCGGUGAUCUGCAUUUUGACGAUGAUGAGAUCUGGAGCGAGUACCCCGCCGAGGACGAGGAAGACGAGGAGUCAACGGACUUCUUCGCCGCAGCCGUCCACGAGAUCGGGCACGCGCUCGGGCUGGCGCACUCGGACGUGAGGUCGUCGGUCAUGUACCCGUACUACCGGGCGCGGGUGCAGAGCCUGUACGAGGACGAUAUUCUGGGCAUGCGGGCGCUUUACAUGAAAGACCAGCAAGCCGCGACUUCCGCUCUCACAGUACAAACAGAGGACCCGAUGGCGCCGCGGUUCUCCCUGGACCCUGGCGUCACUGAUGAGGAGGACGUCCCCGACCUGUGCUACACCAACUUCGACACUAUUCAGGUGUUGCAGGGGAAGAUCUAUGUUUUCGAAGAGGAGUGGAUGUGGGUGCUCAGCGAGCGUAAGGAAAUUGAUCCGGGGUAUCCGAAGCGCUUCCACGAUGUAUUCAUUGGCCUUCCAGAACACGUCGACGUAGUUAGAACCAUUUACGAGAAACGGAAUGGAAACAUCGUCAUAUUCAAAGACAAGCAGUACUGGGAGUUCGGGCCAAACUUCCGCCUGAUCAAGCGCGGCCGGCUCCGAGACUACCGCCUGCCCGGACGCCUGCGGGAGCUGACUACGGUCUUCCUGUCCAACUACAACAAUAAGACGUACCUUGUAGACUCUGAGCGCUUCUGGCGGUUCAAUGAGGACACCUGGACUAUGGAUAAAGGGUACCCUAAAAGCAUGUCAGCAUGGAGAGACCUCCCAUACCCUGUGGAUUCCGCUAUUAUUUGGAAGGGAGAUACGUACUUCUUCCGCGGCCCCCGCUUCUGGCGUUUCGACAACGUCCAGGUCCGCGCGCACCCCUACUACCCGCUGUUCACGGCUCAGAUCUGGUUUCCGUGCCAGCCCACGCCGGAUAUGGAGCAGUACACCAAGAACGAAGACUAAUAUAAUGUACCGCCUAACCUAACUGUCCUUUAAUAAUUACUAUACCUUUGUGUCAUUGGAAUAAGGAUUAAAAAUAGUUAAUUAGUUAACUGUGAUAACAAUGGUGCUUGUUUCGCUCGACUGUGGUGCUUCGACGACGCACUAAUCCUCUCGCACCCCCUACUACCCGCUUAGGAUCCCUUGGCAUUAUGAUGCAGGCUCGAAAUGUAUUUCAAAACUUAUCAAGAAGGAAAUGGGGUUACAAGAGAAAAAAAAAGUUCAAUAAAAAUAUAUCACUUUAUUAAAAGAGUACAAUCACAUACAAAUGUAAAAUAACAUCAACUGAUUUAAUACGUCUUAUGCGGAAUGUGCAGCCUCGCAUCGUGGUAAACAGAUAAUUUGUGAUAUUCUGCUAGUGUAUUAAAGUAAUACUGUUUGAGUAAUAUCAUUAAAAUAGCUGUAAUCAACUAGUUUUAUUUCUAUUAGAUAAGAAAUGCUUAGGAUAUACAUGUUAGUGUCGUCAUCAAAUAUAUCUAUUUACAAAAAACCCUAUAACUGUUAGUUUGACUUGAUUAUAUUUCACCCAACAUGUUUAGGUAUGAUGUUUUAUCAACAUAUUUGAUGCAGACAGUUAGCAGUAUCACAAUAGUAAGUGGUGAGGCUCGACAUUAUUUUAAUGAAAUGAUACAUAAAGUUUGCGACAACAAUAUUAUAACUUAUUAGUAAAAUUUGUUCUCACUAGUGGAAUAUUUCAUAAAUCCAAACUAUUGUCGAAACAUCUCAGGUUUUGAAAAGUGCUAUAGUCACCGCAUAAGAAAAAAGAGAUACAUACCAUCUAGUUUUCUAAAGGUAGAAUCUUCUUAGUUACGCUAUAUUGCACCAGACAAAUGGAUAAAUUCAUUUCAUAAUAAAUAAUUGUGCAAGUUUUCUAACUACAAUAUAUUUUCCAAUUUAAUUUUGCUA